UCCGGCCGGGGGCGGGCCGGGGCCCCGCGGAAUGCGGCUGGAGCAUCUGCAAAAUGGCCGAUAAUUUAGAUGAGUUUAUUGAAGAUCAAAAAGCCAAACUGGCCAGAGACAAAGCAGAAUUAGAAAAUGAUCCACCCUAUAUGGAAAUGAAGAGAAAGCCUUCAGAGAAGCUUGCUGAAAAUAGUAAAAUAUUAGUUACCAUGGCUAAAGAAAACAUACCACCAAACAGUCAACAGACCAAGGGGUCCUUAGGAAUUGACUAUGGAUUAAGUUUGCCCCUUGGGGAAGACUAUGAACGUAAGAAACAUAAAUUAAAAGAAGAAUUGCGUCAAGAUUAUAGACGUUAUCUUACUCAGGGCAUUACCCAAGCAAAAAGAAAGAAAAAUUUUAUAACCUCGGGUGAAACAGACCCAUCUACUCUGGGAGUAUCUCUUCCUAUUGGCGAGAGGUUAUCUGCCAAGGAAAGGUUGAAACUUGAACGCAAUAAAGAAUACAAUCAAUUUCUCAGGGGUAAGGAAGAAUCCAGUGAAAAGAUCAGACAAGUAGAAAAGAGUACUGAGAGUCAAAGAAGUAAAAAUCCUAUUAGUCAAGUUAAGCCUGUUCUACCUUCACAAAUACAAGCAUCUUGCACAAAUUUAGAGGCUCAUAGGAGAGAUGUUCUAACUCCUUCAGAGGCAUAUGAAGAACUUUUAAACCAAAGACGAUUAGAAGAAGACAGAUACCGACACCAAGAUGAUGAAAUUGAGUUAAGAAAUAGAAGAGUUAUUAAAACAGCGAAUGAAGAAUUAGGCAUUUCCAAUACAAAACAUCAAAGGUUUGCCAACAAAGCUGGUGUUCCUGAAAGAAGAUCUCGAAGAUUUAAUGAGGAUCGUGUUUUUGACAAACAAUAUUCUAGACCAGACCAAGAUCCUGCAGUAAGUGAAGAAAUGGACGAGAGGUUUAGAUUUGAAAGUGAUUUUGAUAAAAGAUUUUUGAGAGUAUAUGACAGGAUUCCUGGAAAUAGACGAGGGCGUGUGACUCCUCUGGAGGAUGAUGAUGUCACAGAACAGUCAAACGUGCCAAUUUCGUCUGCUGGAAAUAAAAGUCCUCGGGACAAUGAGCCAUCCACAUCUGCUAAUCAAGAUGCCUGUAGUCCUUUUGCAGGGAUGCUCUUUGGAGGUCAAGAUCGAGAACUCAUUCAGAGAAGGAAAGAGAAAUACAGACAAGAACUACUGGAACAAAUGGCUGAGCAACAGAAGAACAAGAGACGAGAAAAAGAUUUAGAACUCACAGUUGCAGCUUCUGGAGCACAAGACCCUGAAAAAUCACCCGGUAGACUAAAGCAGUUUAGUACCGCAUCAAGACGUUGUGAAGAUAAGAUACCACCUGACAGACCCAGAGUAGCUUUCCAGACACCCCUCCCUCCCCCAUGUGCCCCAUGUGCCCCAUGUGCCCCGCCCAUCCCAUCCACUCACUCUGUCCUUUCUCCAAAUGAAGAUUCGCAGUGUGGACUCAGCAGCGUGCUUGGGGAGAUGGUGCCUCCCAGGAUCGCACCUCUGCCUCCACCUCCCCUACUACCAUCUAUGGCUACUAACUAUCGAACUCCUUAUGAUGAUCCGUACUAUUUUUAUGGUGCCAGAAAUACUUUGGAUCCCAGUUUUGCUUAUUAUGAUUCAAGAAUGAUGGGAGUACAGCCUGUAGCUUAUGGCCCUGUCACACAUCAGUUAGCACAACCUAUUGUGAAUACAGUUGGACCGAAUGAACUGAAAAUUACAAAUGAUAGGACAAUGAGUUCUGGACUGUUAUUUGAAGAUAAACCCAAACCUUCCAAACAAUCCCUUCAGUCUUAUCAAGAAGCCUUACAGCAGCAGAUUCUAGAGAGAGAAGAAAGAAGGAAAAAAGAACGUGAAGAAAAAGAAGAGUAUGAAGCUAAGUUGGAAGCUGAAAUGAGAAUGUACAACCCCUGGGGAAAAGGUGGAGGUGGUGCGCCUCUCAAAGAUGCAGAAGGAAAUCUGAUAACUGAUUUGAAUAGGAUGCACAGACAAAAUAUAGAUGCCUACCAUAAUCCAGAUGCAAGAACAUAUGAAGAUAAAAGGGCUGUUGUAUCUCUAGACCAAAAUUUAGCCACUUCAAAUGCUGAGAACCUAGAAGAUUCUACAAAUAAAAACUCAGGUCAUAUGCAAACACAGACCUCUCCUUUUGCUCGGGGAAAUAUAUUUGGUGAACCACCAACUGAACUUCAAAUUAAACAGCAAGAAUUAUACAAGAAUUUUCUUCGUUUUCAGAUAGAGGAAAAGAAACAAAGAGAGGAAGCAGAGCGGGAGAGACUGAGGAUUGCAGAAGAAAAAGAAGAAAAACGGCUUGCGGAACAGAGAGCACGAAUCCAACAAGAGUAUGAAGAAGAACAGGAAAAGAAAAGGGAGAAGGAGGAGGAGCAAAGGCUAAAAAAUGAGGAACACAUUCGUUUAGCUGAAGAAAGACGAAAAGAAGCAGAAAGAAAGAAGAAAGAGGAAGAAGAAAAACAUAACUUGCAACUUCAACACUAUUAUGAAAGAGAAAAUAUUGUUGGGGAUGAAACCAAGCGCUUAAGACAGCCUUCCCCUGUUGUUCCUGCCCUCCAGAACAAAAUUGCAAACAAGUUGCAAAGGCCCCCAUCCGUGGACAGCAUCAUAAGUUCCUUUAUCAACGAAAAUGCGGUGUCCCGGGCUCAGUCUCCACCAGUACCUGCAAGGAAAAACCAGCUUCGUGCAGAAGAGGAGAAAAAAAAUGUAAUUAUGGAAUUAUCAGAAAUGAGGAAACAGCUUCGAAGUGAGGAGAGGCGUUUACAAGGGCAGUUGCUUCACCUGGACAGUGAGGAUGACAUUCAUAUAAGGAAAAGAGAAAGGAAUCCUAUGGAUAUAUUUGACAUGGCCAGACAUCGAGUACAAGCUCCUUUCAGACGACAGUCACCUAAGGGCUUAGAUACUACUACUUUUCAGAAUAUUCAUGAUUUUAAUGAGCUUAAAGAUAGAGAUUCAGAAACACGAGUUGAUCUGAAGUUUAUGUACCCAGAUCCUCCAAGAGACCAACACACCUUAGAGAUUCAACAGCAAGCGUUGCUGAGAGAGCAGCAGAAGAGACUACAUAGAAUAAAAAUACAGGAAGAUGCUCAAGUUGACUUAGAUGCUGUCCCAAGAGUUCGAGGGCACAGAAUGUCUAGAGAUAACGCUACCGAUUUUUUUAAAAAUUCAUUGUUGGAAUCUGAUAGUGCUUUUAUUGGUGCUUACGGGGAGACGUAUCCCGCCAUUGAGGAGGACGCCCUCCCCUUGCCCUCGCCGCUGCCUUCUGCGAGGGAGCGGAGGAGGAGCAAGUGGAAAAGACGAGACUCGGACAACAGUCAUUCUGAUAUACCAGCAGAUGGUCUUUCUUUAAAAUCUGUCUCCAGCGUCAACGUUGAUCAGCUUAGAAUGAGAAAUGAGGAACGAAUGCGAAGACUAAAUGAACUCCAGAAUAAACCCAUUAAUACAGAUGACGAGAGCUCACUCGCAGACCUUGAUGACAUCAUGAAACAGGCGGGCGAAGAUGGAUCGGCCUCUGUAGCCACCGAGCCCUGGCUCCGCCCCGGCACCUCGGAAACUCUCAAACGCUUCAUGGCCCAGCAGCUGUCCCAGGAGCAGCCGCAGCUGCGGGGGAACCAGGGACUUGAAUUUGGCAGGGUCUGUCUGCAGCACACAGUUAAAUAAAUCGCCACCAGACGCAGUAGUGCCUUUUAAGGUUAAAGGAAUGUUGAAUCUGUACCUUUUAAAUAAUAGGCCCUAUUUUGGGCCCCAACCUGAAAAAUUAAUUACAUUCCAUCUGUACAUAAAUAUUUUAUUCUUGAUGCUGUAUAUGGUGUACAUAAAAAGCUGUGAUUAUAUAAUAGAAUUGUAUAGAAUGAUUUUUGCACAAUUUUGCUGUAAAUUAGGAUGGUAAAGACUUUGUGAGUUUAACUACCUUAUGUGCAUUACAUUAAAUUCUCCUUGUCAUUUACGGUGAAUAAACCUGAUUUGCCAUUGUUAUCUCCAUUUAGAAAUGAUUCAUUUAGUACUAAGCGUGUUGUAGCUGUGGCCAUUCCGGUUGCCGUGAAAGGCCGCAAACAAGCUGGUUAUUCCCAUGUCGUUUGUAGCUGCUGAUUCAGUGGGAAUUGAAGGAGCUGUGAUGAUUUUAUUUCAUGAGCCAUGCACUAAUAUUACCUCUUUGAGCCUCCAUUUUAUUUUUGUAGUUAUGAAAAAAGGCACAGUCUCAGAGUUACUAACUUAUAUAUAUAUGUAAUCUCACUACUUGAUAGAAAUAAAUUUUUAUUUUUAUUACCAGUGUCAGUUUCUUAUUUUACC